CUCAAGCCUGCCCAGAGCCAGUUCAGCGCCUCCAUGGGCCACAUCAACCACAUCGGGGGCUCCUUGGACAGGGUCUCCCGGAGCCCCAAGGACCCCCUGGCCCCUGAGAAGGCGCCUCUGACCUGCAAAAGUAUGGCCACGCUGAGCCGGCUGCAGAGCCCUGGGGAGCCCCCGCCGCCCUACGAGUUCACCUACUCGCUGGAGGAUGCGGUGAAGCAGCUGGAGGACCGGCUGCAGGAGACCGGGGGAGAACUGCGGCAGCUCAAGAGGAGCCUUAGCGAGACUGAAGACCCCUUUACGCAGGUGAGCCAUGGGGCUGGGGCUGCACUGGGUGCCCUGGGCAGGGAUCAGAUGUACAUGGCCAGGCUGCAGCAGGUAACGCAGCAGGCGCAGCGCGGGCAGCGUGCGCUGCAGCUGCAGCUCUACAAGGCACAGCAGGAGAAGAAGAGGCUGCAGGAGGAGCUGAGCAUGCAGCAGUGCCAGUGUGAGGAGACCAAACUCCGGCAGUCUCAGGGCGAGCGUGUCAGCCCCAAGAUGGAGGAGACCAAGUGGGAGGUGUGCCAGAAGGCAGCAGAGAUCUCUCUGCUGAAGCAGCAGCUCCGGGACACCCAGGAGGAGAUGGCUCAAAAGCUGGGUGAGAUCUUCAGCCUGAAGACGCAGCUGCGGGAGGCCAAGGCAGAGGUCCAGGCCAGGGACUCCCAGCUGGCACAACUGGCAGACUCCUUCCAGAGCCACCCGGAGCCCAGCGCCUCGCUGCCGCUGGGUGAUGACCCCAUGCCGGCCUGCCAGGAUUUCCCCGGCUGCGAAACUGAUGACUCCAAGUGCCGGGGCCUUCACAGCGACACGGCGGAGCCCCUGGAGCGGCAGGUGGAGUGGCUGUGGGCAGAGCUGCUGAGGGAGCGGCGCCAGGGCCAGCUGCAGGCUGUGAACUUUGAGCUGGAGAGGAAAACCUGGCAGGAGGAGAAGGAGAAGGUGCUGCGGUACCAGCGGGAGCUCCAGGCCAGCUACAUGGAGAUGUACCACCGAAGCCAGGCGCUGGAGCGGGAGCUGCGCCAGCUGCGGUCGGAGCCCAGGGAUGUCGGGGCUGACUCGCCAUGGAUCGAGCGGGUGGAGUCCUCGAAGAUCUGA